GCAGAGGAGAUGUACGCGGAAGCUCUCUACGCGCCGGUGUGCCCCGAGGUGCGGUCCGCGCCCAUGCUGACGCUGCCCGACGGCUCGGAGGUCGGCGGCCCCGACGACGAGGGUGGCGGCCCCGAGCCGGUGCGCUGGAUGCUGAUGCCCGACGGGCGCGGCGAGGCGCAGGUCGCCGUGCUGAGCGGCGCCCAGCCCAAGGACCUCCCGACCCUGGACGACGUCGUGUUCCUCCUGUACACCAGGGCGAACCCCGACCGGCCGGAGAGGCGUGCCAUGAACAGGACGUGCUUGCCCACCUUCAACACGUUCCAGGCCGACCGGCCCACCGCCGUGCUCAUCCACGGCUUCGGCGACAACCUCCAGGAGUCGUACAUGAUCCCGCUCCUCAAGGACGCGUUCUUGGAGCGCGCCGACGCCAACGUGCUGGCCGUGGACUGGGGCCGGCACGCGGCCACGCCGUGGUACCAGACGGCGGCCACGGCCACGGCCUCGGUGGGCCGCCACCUGGCCGCCCUCAUGGACCACCUCGCGGCGCAGCAGGGCCUGGACGUGGCGCGCACCCACGUGGUGGGCUUCAGCCUCGGCGCGCACGUGGCCGGCCACGCGGGGAAGGCCGUGCGCUCGGGCCGCGUGCGCCGCAUCACUGGCCUGGACCCGGCUCGCGUCCUCUUCGAGGGCCUGGGGCCCGCGCAACGCCUGGACAAGAGCGACGCCGACGUGGUCGAGGUGGUGCACUCGUCCGGCGGCUACCUGGGCUUCUCGCAGCCGCUCGGCCACCGGGACUUCUUCCCCAACGGCGGCGAGUGGCCGCAGCCCGGCUGCGUCUUCGACUUCAUCUCCGUGUGCAGCCACCGCCGCGCCUACUACUACUACGCGGAGGCCCUGAAGGAGAGCCAGCGCUUCCCCGCCUACCCGUGCGCCUCCAUGGAGGAGUACAGGAACGGGAAGUGCGCUGGGGAGCCGGGGGCGCACCUAGGCGACGACCAGGACCACUGCAGCGACCAGGGAUGCACGCAGGGAACGUUCUAUUUCGAAACGAACCCCUCAUCCCCGUUCGCUCGCCCGGACUCGCCUCACAGCCCCUCGGCAGAGCAGGCCUAGGGAGUACGCAGCCUGGACUGUCAUUUUCCUUUCUCCAUUAUUUAUUUUUUGAAAUGGAAUUAUUUAUCAGCUGGUGAGGGCGAGAGGGAGGCAAUUACGGAAAUUAAAGCAGGUCUAAACAGUUAC